CUUUUUUUUGAACCUCUGAGGCACCUCAGUUGGACUAAGAGAGUUUUCUUGGGAAAAAAGCUUUCUUUCUCCUUCAGAAGCAUUUGCUCCACUCUGCAAUUAACCAAUCUCUUGUACUAAAUCCCUAAUCACAAUUAACCCAACUCAAAAGCAACAGUGGCAACUGUUUAAACUGAAGAAUGAGUCGAGGAAGCGGAGGCGGCUAUGAUCGUCACAUUACUAUCUUCUCCCCAGAAGGUCGUCUAUACCAAGUCGAGUAUGCGUUUAAGGCAGUGAAGGCUGUGAGAAUCACUUCUAUUGGUGUCCGUGGAAGGGACUCAGUUUGUGUUGUUACUCAGAAGAAAGUUCCUGACAAGUUAUUGGAUCAGACAAGUGUGAGCCAUUUGUUCCCAAUUACCAAGUAUCUUGGACUAUUAGCUACCGGCAGUACAGCUGAUGCAAGAACCUUGGUCCAACAAGCUCGAAAUGAAGCUGCUGAGUUCCGUUUUAGAUAUGGGUAUGAGAUGCCAGUGGAUGUACUGGGUAGAUGGAUUGCAGACAAGUCUCAGGUUUAUACACAACAUGCCUAUAUGAGACCCCUGGGAGUAGUCGCUAUGAUUUUGGGAAUCGAUGAGGAGAAGGGGCCUCAACUCUUCAAAUGUGACCCUGCUGGUCAUUUUUUUGGUCAUAAGGCAACAAGUGCUGGAUCUAAAGAGCAAGAGGCAAUUAAUUUUUUGGAGAAGAAAAUGAAAAAUGACCCUGCUUUUUCCUACGAGGAAACUGUUCAGACUGCAAUAUCUGCUCUUCAAUCUGUUCUACAAGAAGAUUUCAAGGCCAGCGAGAUCGAGGUUGGUGUUGUGAGGAGUGAAGAUCCGUCCUUCAGAGUGUUGUCAACUGAAGAAAUUGAUGAGCACUUAACUGCUAUCAGUGAACGCGACUGAUUGCUAUUGAAUACCGUCUGAUUCAGUAGAGAUGUAUGUUUGGUAUAAAAACUUUUAGGAUCUGGUUGUUACAGUUGGCGUUAGAGUAUAUGGAAUCCCUCAGUGUACGCUCAUACGAGUUACAAAUUAUGUUACAUUGUAACUUUUCUUGGUGUCCUUAGUUUCAGAAAUUGUUCGAAUGCAACUGUCAGGAAUUAUUAAUCGGUCUUAUUUCAAGCAGCUUGGUCCUGUGUGUAUUACAAUGGGACAAAAGGAA